UCGACGCUUCGGCGGGAGGAAGAAGAAAGAGAGGUCCAGUGUGGCGCGGUCGUGGCUGUUGGAUGGCGAUCCAACGGCCCAAUUGGUACGUUGAAAAUAUGGUGUUGGUAGAGUCGUACUGGCUGAUACCCAAGUCGUAGUCGAACAUUAACUAUUCGUUGAGAAACGGACGCACGCGUCGAUCCAGACCACGUUGGUACGCUCCUAUGGAUGCCCGCUGAACCUGGCCGGGAACGUGGCUGCCGAUGGAUGUUUCCUAGAUCUCGACGUUCCAAAGUCCAAACCUUCGUACGAUGCAGAGACGACAGCUGAAGCAGUAGAGAGGCCCACGAAGGGCCAGCCAGCUUGAGACACAUAACCAUGGCGUCCUCCUCCCAGUCCCACUCCCACCAAGAAGAAGAAGACCAUGGCGACCAGAUCACCGCCCCACUCCUCCCGAACCGGCCGUCAACGUCACGGAGCUCGCCGGAGCACCACGACGACGGCCAUGGCGAAUCGUCGGAGAACUCGCCGAUCGAGCAGGUGGCGCUGACGGUGCCCGUGGGCGACGACCCGGACACUCCAGUCCUCACCUUCCGGAUGUGGGUGCUGGGCAUGGCGUCCUGCGUCGUGCUCUCCUUCCUCAACCAGUUCUUCUGGUACCGCAAGGAGCCGCUCACCAUCACCGCCAUCUCCGCUCAGAUCGCCGUCGUGCCACUCGGCCGCCUCAUGGCCGCGGCGCUGCCGGAGCGGGCCUUCUUCCGCGGCUCGCGCUGGGAGUUCACCCUCAACCCGGGGCCGUUCAACGUGAAAGAGCACGUGCUCAUCACCAUCUUCGCCAACGCUGGCGCCGGCACCGUGUACGCCAUCCACGUGGUCACCGCCGUCCGCGUUUUCUACGGCAAGAACCUCACCUUCUUGGUCUCUCUCCUCGUGGUGCUCACCACGCAGGUGCUCGGGUUCGGGUGGGCGGGGAUUUUCCGGCGGUACCUCGUGGAGCCGGCGGCCAUGUGGUGGCCGUCCAACCUCGUGCAGGUCUCCCUCUUCAGGGCGCUCCAUGAGGAUGAAAGGCGGCGAAAAGGGGGAUUCACGCGCAACCAGUUCUUCCUGGUGGCGUUCGCCUGCAGCUUCGCAUACUAUGCCUUCCCGGGCUACCUGUUCCAGAUGCUCACCUCACUCUCCUGGAUCUGCUGGGUGUUCCCCAACUCCGUGUUCGCCCAGCAGCUCGGCUCAGGCCUCCACGGGCUCGGCGUCGGCGCAAUCGGUCUCGACUGGGCAUCGAUCUCCAGCUACCUCGGGAGCCCUCUCGUCAGCCCCUGGUUCGCCACUGCGAAUGUUGCUGCAGGCUUCUUCGUCGUUAUGUACAUCAUCGUGCCUAUUGGGUAUUGGUUUGAUUUCUAUAAGGCGCAGACCUUCCCCAUCUUCUCUUCCGGUCUCUUCACCUCUGCCGGGCAGAAGUACAACAUCUCAGCUAUCGUGGACGAUAAUUUCCAUCUCGAUACAGAGGCAUAUGAGAAAAACGGUCCACUGUACCUCAGCACUCUCUUUGCUGUCACAUAUGGUAUCGGUUUCGCGUCACUUACCGCGACAAUUGUUCAUGUCCUCCUGUUUCACGGAAGGGAAAUUUUGCAGCUAAGCAGAUCAGCUUUUCAAGGGAAAAGUGUGGACAUACAUACCAAGCUAAUGAGGAGAUAUAAGCAGGUCCCUGAGUGGUGGUUCAUCUGCAUCCUUGUCGUUAACAUUGCCGUCACUGUAUUCGCUUGUGAAUACUACAUAGAGCAGCUCCAGCUGCCCUGGUGGGGUGUGUUACUUGCAUGCGGCAUUGCCUUUUUCUUCACCCUCCCAAUCGGAAUUAUCACAGCGACAACAAACCAGACCCCAGGACUGAACAUCAUCACAGAGUACAUCAUUGGAUACCUGUAUCCCGGACGACCCGUUGCGAAUAUGUGCUUCAAGGUAUACGGCUAUAUCAGCAUGCACCAAGCUCUGAUGUUUCUGCAAGAUUUUAAGUUGGGGCACUACAUGAAGAUUCCCCCAAGGACCAUGUUUAUGGCUCAGGUGGUCGGAACAACGAUCGCGGCGUUCGUGUACCUUGGGACAGCAUGGUGGUUGAUGGACACAAUCCCCAACAUCUGCGACAUUGAGCUCCUCUCGGCGGGCAGCCCUUGGACCUGCCCCGGUGAUCAUGUGUUCUAUGAUGCGUCGGUCAUAUGGGGUCUUAUUGGCCCGCGCAGAAUAUUCGGGGACCUGGGAACUUACGCGGCGGUGAACUGGUUCUUCUUGGGGGGAGCUGUCGCCCCACUCCUCGUAUGGUUGGCGCACAGGGCGUUCCCAGGCCAGAACUGGAUCUUACUCAUCAACAUGCCCGUGAUGCUCGGUUCCAUCUUCCAGAUGCCGCCCGCCACAGCGGUUAACUACACCACAUGGAUACUGAUUGGGUUUCUGUCAGGUUAUGUGGUUUAUAGGUAUCGACGUGACUGGUGGGAGCGGCACAAUUACCUGCUCUCGGGUGCACUAGAUGCUGGUCUGGCGUUCAUGGCAGUUUUGAUUUACUUGUGCCUGGGCUUGGAGAACAUCAGUUUGAACUGGUGGGGAAAUGACUUGGAUGGAUGUCCCCUGGCUUCUUGCCCCACUGCUAAAGGUAUAGUUGUCAAGGGCUGCCCAGUGUACAACUAAGCAUCUUUGUCAUCUGCGGCGGCCGUCCCUGGGAAAAUUGGAAUUGUGAGCAAGUGGAGAUCGAUGUAAAUAGCGAAUGUUUGUUCGGACCUUUUAAAGAUGAGAAAUCGGCUUUAUUUUA